UUGUUCUAUGCUAAUGCAAUAAUUCUUCCGGGAGCACCAAAUUCUUAUGCGAGAUAUCCAAAACUUCGUUCCUCGCAUGAAACACAGAUUGCUUUUGAUUUUCGAACCAAACAAAAAAAUGCGCUGUUGCUGUACACAGACGAUGGUGCGAAAAAUGGUAAUCUAUACGCGGUGACAAUCUGUGAUGGACAAAUUCAGUUCGAAUGCAGAAUAGGUGACGACUUAAUCGAAGUGCCUCAGCGACGUGCCAUUAUUACUUUACGGGUCGAAAAUGUUGUCGUUAGCGAUAAUCGUUGGCAUAACUUUAAUGUUACAAAGAGAUGGGAUGAAAUUCGUGUACAAGUUGAUAAUAAAGUCCAGGAAACAAAAAUUUAUCAAAGAAAUUUUGUCUUUUGUACUGGAGAGGAAUGCUCAGAUGUUUACAUUGGUGGGAUUCCAAAGGAACUUUAUUUGUUACCAUCAAUGAGCUCACCGUUGAGAAGGUAUACGAAAACAUUCGCCGGGACUGUAAAAAAUCUGAUUUACAGUAUUGCACCGCACGGCAUGACAUCACCGCCAUUAAUAAAAGAAGUGGGGCUAAGACAGUCAGAUGAAGACUACUGUGAACCGCCAAGGUUGUCCGAACGAGAGGAGUACUACUGCAGAAAUGAGGGAUUUUGUUACAGCACAAAUGAUGGGCCAAUGUGCGACUGUUCAUUUUCCGAAUUUGAUGGAAGACGGUGUGAACAACCAAAAGCCACUGCAGAAAUUUCGUUCUUCAAAGAUGAAUUUCUUGGUUACGACGAAAGCAACAACCCAGCAGCAAUUCUUCAGUAUCGUUCAGAAAAUGUUUCGUUUGCCUUCAAGACAGUUCAUGGAAACGCCAUACUAUUUGUUGCUGGGCAUAAAUUGAAUUAUCUUUACAUCAUUCUGGAAAAUGGCUUGAUUAUUGCUAUAUCGAAAUUUGAAGGAACUGAAAAACGAGUUUUACGUUCUUUUAACGAGGAGCAUUCUAAACGCUAUGACGACAAUACUUGGCACACGGUAACUGUGACUCGAUCCUUGUCCAUGAUGGUUUUAACAGUUGACGGCCGAAGUGAUAAGGUAGCGCAAUAUGCACCCGGUCUUUACUGGUUGACUAACUCCUACGGAUUUGUUGGAGGUCUUCCGGAAUAUAAGGCUAAAGCGUUUAAGACGUUACAUGGAAAUUUUCGAGGAUGUAUGAAAAAAAUUAAGUAUGAAGCUGAUGCUGUUUCAAUCAACUUUAUUGAACUUGCCGGCUAUGAAUUGGGCGAAUCAGUUGUCAAAGCUCAUGGAAACUUGGCAUUUUCUUGCCGAAGGCCUGAUGCUCAUCCUGAUGUUUUAUCGUUUAAUAGUGGCCAAAGCUAUCUGACUCUACCAAAAUGGAUUACCGACGCUAGUGGAAGUAUAGGAUUUGAGCUGCGGACAAGAACAAGCGAUGGACUCAUUCUGUAUCAUGGUGUUAAAGAUCCUUUUAAUGAUACUUCAGACUAUGUCGCUUUUGAGCUGGUAGACGGUCACCUGUUUCUGAUUAUUAACCUUGGUUCUGGUUAUGUGAGAAUUGAGGCUACAGAUUCUAAAAUAAAUGAUGGAAAAGUCUGGCAUAGCGUCAAUUUGUCAAGAGUGGGUCGCAGUGGUACUGUUACUGUUGAUGGAUAUCCUGUUCCUUUUUCUACUCCUGGGGUUUCGGCAAAUCUUAACAUCGAGGACAAAAUAUUCAUUGGCGCAGCUCCUUGGAUACAAGACAAUCUGGGAAGCUCAGAAUACCGUUUUCCACCUACUGUACUGAUGGCCAGUUUACGAAAAGGAUAUGUUGGUUGUUUAAGAAACGUACGUGUUAACGGGAUCAGCUCGGAAAUUGCUUCAGUUUACGAAGAUCAAAAAACAAUUUUUGGUGACGACAUCACGCUUGGAUGUAACAAAAGCCUUAGCCAAGAUUUCUGUGCGUUUUCACCAUGCAAAAAUUCUGGACGCUGCGAAAACGGCUACGGCAAUUACAGCUGCGAUUGCUCAGGCACUUAUAUGGAAGGUCACAAUUGUGACACUGAACCUCAGGUUGUUGAAUUCAGUAAAAAUAUUGACCCACCAAGUAUCUUCGUCUUACCGUACACUGUUUAUGGUGACGCAGAAACAAUUGAAUUCAAAUUUCGCACUGAUAAAGAAAACACCAUUUUAUUGGAUACAAAAGCUGAAAAUGCUCGACACAGAAUUGCAGUUUUUCUGCUUACGGGAAAGCUUGUUUGGGUUUUACGAAAGGACGGUGAUCAACAUGUGAAUAUAUUGCCAUCUAACGAUACUGUUAUUCAAAUAAAUCAUAUAGCUGCUGGAUAUUUAUUUGCACCAGCAAAAGACGUUUAUGAAGCUUACAAGACAGAUUAUACGGAACAGCAUUUUGAUGGACAAAUGAUAAAAGCUUUUUUUAAUGGUUUUGAUCUGCUGAUCAAUAAAAGACGAUCAUUUUUUAAUUUUGGCACAGAGCGCACUACAUUAAACGAUAGAGAUUAUCAUAAAAAUAAACAUAGGAAAGUAAAACAUUUGCCAGUGACUUUUGAAACCAACAGAGGUUUUGCAUUUUUCGCGCAACGUUAUCUGGGAACUAGUGAAAAACUUCUUCGAGUAUCGUUCAGAUUUCGUACUUUAAUGUCGUCUUGCCUUCUGUUUGCAUCUCUGUUUGAUUCAAGUCGACAAACCAUUAUGUUUGCGUUAGAACUCAUCGAUGGAAGGGUAAAGAUGACUAUUGGUUACGAAACUAACUUUGAUACUGUAACAACGCAAAUUCAGAACGCAAGGAAUCUGUUGAAUGAUAUGAGAUGGCAUUCUGUACAAGUUUACCAGGCGAAAGCAGAACCAGAAUAUUACUUGGUUGUUGACAACAUGAGCCAAAUACUAGAGUCAAACAAUCUUCAAAAUGUGGAUUUAAGGGGAGAUUUAUAUUUAGGCGGUUUACCAGCAGAGAAGAACUUUAUUUCGAGGUUUUCAAAGGUUACUGGUUUUCGAGGAUGUAUAUCAAAUUUUCAUAUUGGCAAUGAAAUUUUGGACAUUCAAAAUGACUCAGAUCAGGUUUAUAACGUUUCAAAAGGAUGCUAUGGUCCGCAAAUUCGGUGCAACCAAAAUCCUUGUCUUAACGGUGGUAAAUGUCUGCAGCGAUGGACUUCUGUUAUUUGUGAUUGCUCUAUGACUACUCAUGGAGGAUCUCAUUGUGAUACUCCUGGAACAACAUAUAUUUUCGAUGCUGCUUCUUCAAUGAUAUACUACGAAUAUCCCGCAUCUCGUCGACCAUCAAGAAUUCAUGACAAAAUUGCUUUUGGUUUUCAAACUCUCCAGUCAUCUGCUGUUUUGCUAAGCAUUCAGUGCAGUGCAGAAGGAGAUUACUUUGUAAUCUGUUUGAAAGAUGGAUUUUUGCAAGUAAGAUUCAAUCUGGGACAACACGAUCAUGUCGUGAAACAUUUGAGACGAGCUGUUAACGACAACCAAUACCAUACACUUCGAGUCUAUCGUGAUGAAGCUAAUUUGACAAUUAAGCUUGAUAAUUUAGACUACAAAUACGCUCCACAAGGUACAGCAGUUGCAAUUUUUUGUAUUAGUUUUACACCAAAAGGCAAUGAGUUGAAAACGUUGAAUGAACAGUGGAGGAUUUGCAUAGGAGCAUCGUUUGCGCGGGAUCAUCACUGGUAUAUGCUACGAAAGAAGAAACGUCAUGUUUUUGACUCAUUCAAGGGCAUCAUAUCUGGUGUCAACGUUAAUGGACUGAUGCUGCUUGAUAUGCAUGCCAGAGGUGAGCUUAUUUCUUAA